CACCGUAUCAUCAUUCCCAGUGAUCGGUUCUCCUACGGACUAACACACAUACACAACAAAAAUGAAACAGAUCUUAGCCGUAUUCGCCAUUUUGGGUUUGGCCUCUUGUGGUCGUCUGGAUUCCAGAUACCUUCCACCAGUUGGUGGUGGAGGAGCAAGAGGAGGCCUCCCCAAUGCUGGAGCUAGUUUCCCAUCUGCUGGAGCACCAAGUCCUCAAUAUGGAGCACCACAAACAGGCGCAUAUCAAAGUCAACCCGGAAGUUUCCAAGGUCCAUCUGCUGGAGGAUAUCAAGGUCAAGCUGGUGGUUUCCAAGGUCAAGCUGCAGCCUAUCAAGGUCAAGGAGGUGGUUUUCCUCAACAACCUCAAGUGCCCAUUCUCCGAUUUGAAAACAACAAUGACGGAAACGGAAACUACAACUACGCUUACGAAACUGGAGAUGGCAUUCAAGCUCAGGAACAGGGAUACUUGAAAAAUGCAGGAAGUCCAAAUGAAGCCGAAACCGCACAAGGUUCCUUCUCCUACACUGCCCCCGAUGGACAGCAAAUUUCUCUUCAAUACGUCGCAGAUGAAAAUGGAUUCCAACCUAGUGGCGCCCAUUUGCCAACUCCCCCUCCAAUUCCCGAGGAAAUUCAAAGAGCCCUUGAACAAAAUGCUGCUGAAGAAGCACAGGGUAUCUACGAUGACGGUCAAUACAAACCUGGAGCAGAUGAGCAGCAGUACAGUGGUCCACAACAGUAUAACGCUCCUCAGCAACAAUACGGAGCUCCACAACAACAACCCCAGCAGUACAAUGCCCCGCAACCCCAGCAACAAUACGGUGCUCCCUCGCAGUACAACAACCAGGCCAGCAACGGUGGAUACAGGUAUUAAAACGAAAACGGCAAUGAAUACAUUUAGCGAGUAUAUUACCCGCACUGUAUAGAUAUUUGUGAUUGUGCUCGAAUGUAUAAUAAUCUUGUUAUGAAUGUUUAUUUUUGUAAGUUUUGUAUAUCAGUGAUAAAUAAAUCUUUUGUAUAAAU